AUGUCUCGAUCGUCCUUCCUCGCCGUAAAUUCUCACGGUCGCCGCCUCCACCUCGUAGAGGUGCUCCUCCUUAUGAUCGCUUCGAGGCACGCGCACCUCCGCCUGGCAGAUAUCGUGGAGGACCCCCCCCGCUUAACUAUGGACCCCCUGGCGGUGGAAGAUAUCGGUCUCCGCAACCCCCAAGAAGAGGCUCACCACAAAGGAGGUAUGGAGGCCGUCCAGUCCCGAGAGAUCGCGAUUCAGACACAUACCGGCCGCGCUCAUUCUCUCGUUCCAGAUCACCGAGAACACGCUCACGGUCCUAUUCUUCCAGAUCGAGGACCCGGUCUCCCCCACGUAGAAGCCGAAACUACGGACGUCGAGACAGCCCACCGCCACCGAGGGGAGGCAGGAGAAGAAGGAGUCCUAGCUACUCCAGCUUUUCCAGCUACAGCGAUCGGAGCCGUAGCAGGAGUCGAGGUCGAUAUGGACGCGGGAGGGGAUAGUGUGCCGGCUUGGGAUCCGCUGUUUAGAUCAAGCAUGGUGGAUAUCGGAACAUUACCUUGCAUUAGAGACGUCAUUCUAGGUGCAUGA